AAAAAUGAUAAGGUUCCGAGACGAACAAAACGUCAACAUAAUUAUCCGCAUUAUCGAUACACGGCAGCUUCACAAUAAUAAUUAUAAUAUUAUGAUCCGUGGGUAGUUUUUCGUCGUAUACGCGGUAUCUCCGUAGUUGUCAUGGUGGCCGUCGCCGCCGCCGCUAUCAUCGACUUUUUGAACAAACAAGCGCAUAACAAUUUAUUAAUAGUGUUAUGUAGCGCGCGCAGUUGAAUUCGAACGUCAAUAUUAGCACAGUUCGCGUUAAACGUGCACAACAAUACCAAAAAUCAUUGGAAUUUUGCGUACCUACCGCGUUCGAACACAUUUUCUACCGCCUCCGGCGACCGGUCUCGAUGCAAGACGCACGCGCCGUACGAUCCGCGUUUUAAGCCGUUUCGUCGUGCACCGUAAUGACGUGGUGCUGUCGCUAUUGUUGCCGUUGCAAUAACUCUGUUGGUCGCUGUACGCUGCGCGUUCACCGCCUUCGACAAUUCGGCGACCAAGUCCCGCGGCGGACCGUUUCUCUGGCCGUUCGUCGACACCACAGCCGGUGCGACUUCUGAAGCGCACGCAAGACCCAAGUCUCGGACUCUUACAGGCGUAUCGACGACCGUUGCGUCCGUGAUGUACGACUUUGAGUAUGCGCUGCGUUUGUCCGCUUCGGCGUGCACUUGUGUCCAGUUCUUGUCCGGGCUUUUGAUAUGUGCUAAUUUCGUGAAGAAGGGCAAAGUAUCGAACGAAUCCGUAGUACCAUUUGUCACUGGAUUUCUGUCGUGUGCACUGUGGCUGUAUUAUGGUAUGAUAUUGGUUAACAGCACAUUAGUGUCUGUUAAUGCUUUUGGCUGUUUGCUAUUUGCAAUAUACACGUGGAUAUACUAUAGAUACACGUCCAAAAAAAAACGAGUGGUGCACUAUGCAUUAACAGCUAUUGGCUUCAUUGCGUGGGUUGUGUUUAUUACUCAAACAGAUAUACAUCAAAAGCAGUCAAAAAGUGUGUCAUCCGUAGAAUUACAUCAGCAUCAAUCAGUAGACGUGGCGGCAGUAACACCUUUGGAUAUAUCAGACAAAUCUAUCGUUUCCUCAACUGCUUAUGAUGCUGCUGUAGAUCAUGUAGGACUUUUAUGUUCUCUAACAACUAUGUUGUUUUUUGCAGCACCAUUUUCAAAUUUAAUUCAUGUAAUAAGAACUAAAAAUACAGAGUCAAUGCCGCUGCCAUUGAUUGUAAUGACAUUCCUUGUUUGUGCUCAGUGGUUGGUUUAUGGCCGAAUGUUACGUGACAAGUUUAUUAUGUACCCAAAUGCUGUCGGAUGUAUGCUUUCUAUCAUACAACUAGCCCUAUUUGUUAUUUAUCCUAGAAAAUCUAACGUACCAUUGACCUCCGAACUAUAUAAUCAUCACCAUCCAUAUCCGUUUAUAAAAUUAAUGGAUGCAUGAAUGUAAAUUUCAGUAUUACUUUAUCAAUGUCCAUAAGUCCUUUGAGUAGCUAAUGUUGUUGCAGUCUCAACGACAGUAACGUUUUAUCAGAGAAGUACAAAAUACUAAAAUCUAAAACUAAAAAAAUUUAAGUAUUGUUAUGAUGUUAUUAUUAUUAAACAUAUAUUCUAAGUGUUACACUUGUGAUAUUUAUAUUUUAUAUUAUAAUUUAACUUUAAUUAUAUUUAGUUAUUAUGUUGAUCUACACCAUUAGUCGUAGUAUAAUUGAUAAAUUGUGUUGUUGUUGCUGAAUUUAUGAUGACUGUUGUUAUGUUUUUGUCAGUAUUGUAUUUUAUAAAUUAUUUCCUACAAAAAUGUAAAACAGUAGUCAACAUUUUCCUCAAUCAUUGUAUAUUAUUACUUAUUAAAUACUACUAAUGUUCCUUCUAAUUUUUAGUUAGGGCAAUAUAAGAAGCCUCACCAUUGUAUCACUAAUAUCCAAUUUAGCAGGAAAGCAAAUUAUAAAAUACAUUAAUGUGCAAUGUAUUUAUUUUAAGCCAAUAAGUAUUAAAAACCAAAUUAUUGAUAAUGUAAUAUUAUAGUUAUUUCAAAAGCAAAGCCGUAACUGGGGGAAUGGUCCAGGGGUUCAGACCCCCCUCCCAAAAUUUUUAAAAGUAGAAAUAUUAAGUGUAUAAAUUAUAGAUAAAAAUGACAAGUGUUCAAUAUCUAUAUAUUUAAAAAAAAUGUUGAACCCGGGCCCCCGAAUUUUUUUUUCAGUUAUGGCCUUGUUAAAAAGUAUUAUUUUUGUUUUUAUUUUAAAAAUAUGUUAUAACAUAAUAAUAUUAUGUACCUUGUACUUUAAAACUAAUCUAAAACUGUGUAUGUCAACAAACAACUACGGAUAUUAAUAUUUUGUAUUACCACCAUUAUCAUUGAAUUACUUAAAAUAAAUAAGUAAAAUAUUUAA